ACGAAAAUGUGUAAAGUCUUGAUUCCACAUCACAACUUUCGCAUUUUGAACAGGUUUUACUGACACGGGAGUAAUCACCACACAGUACAAUUAAAUUAAAUCAAAGUUAAAUCAUUAAAUCAGAUUGUGAGUCCACCGCUUUGUGACAAUUUAUUAUCUUUCUUUGGUCACCACAUACAGUAUACAGUCGUACAGUACAUUCCAGUACGCUCUCACUUCAAAUUGAAUCAGUUCGUGGUAGCGUCACUGUGUACAGUUUUGUAUCUGUCUGACAAUGUGGAGGUGAGACCUGAAGAUAACCCACCUUUCCUUAUCUGAGUGUGUCCAAUUGCCUGGACUCCGUUGUCAUACAGAAUCAAUCCGUCAAGAGAUUGAAGUAGAAUUCAACAUGGAACGUACCGAGCCUAGAGUUCUUCGAAGCCGGACAAUUGAAGUGAACCCCAACAAGGAUAAACCUCAGCCAGCGUCUGCACCAAAAUCUUCCAAGAAAGUCGAGGAUGGAAAAUCAUUCAAUAUUUUGCUUCAUCAGGAUCGAGGGAUUGGGAAAACCUUUCAACAAAUAGCAUAUAUCGUUGUCGUCGUCCUUCUCUUCUUUUGGAUCUUCCAAACCAAUUUUGGAUUUGCAAGUUCACAUUCACAUUCCCACGAUCACGGACAUGACGCUCAUGGACAUUCACAUGAUCAUGAAGAGGCCCCUUCGUUCAAAUAUUCCAGGCAGGCUAAUGAACAAGUGCUAAAAGAAAAAGAACAGCAUCACUCUCAUGACCAUGAGGAACAUCACCACCAUCAUCAUCAUGAUCACGAACAUAAAGGUGAAACUCUAAAGACUCCUCCCGUUGAUACACCACGCAACCCAAACUUGUGGAUGGAAGCUAUUCUUUCAACACUAUUGAUAAGUGCAGCCCCAUUUGCAAUCCUAUUCUGGAUUCCGCUGGAUAAUUCUAAAGAAAAAGAGGGCCUUCUCAAAAUUUUAUUGAGCUUUGCAUCGGGUGGCUUGUUGGGUGAUGCAUUUCUACAUUUGAUUCCUCAUGCAAUACUGGCCCAAGGGGGUGAUGAUGAUGGUCAUGGUCACUCGCACAGUCAUAGUCAUAGUCACUCUCAUGGGAAGGCUGAAGGAGCUCAGGGCGACUACCAUGCACAUGACCUUAGUGUUGGGAUGUGGGUAUUGAUAGGAAUUAUAACUUUCCUUGUUGUGGAGAAAGUCAUACGGAUCAUGAAAGGGGGUCAUGGACACAGCCAUUCUGUCUCGACCCCUAAAAAAUCCGAACCUGAAGAUAAACAGAAAUCUGAAAGUGCAAAGGGAAAGAAGAAAGACGAAGGGAAAGUCCAAACAAAAAUUGUAAAACAACCAACGGAGGAUAUUAAGGUUGCUGGAUAUCUCAACUUGGCAGCAGACUUUACUCAUAACUUUACGGAUGGGCUAGCUAUUGGCGCAUCAUAUCUCGCAGGACGAUCUGUUGGAAUGGUCACAACUUUUACUAUUUUGCUUCACGAAGUGCCCCAUGAAAUCGGCGACUUUGCCAUCCUCAUCCAAUCUGGAUGUAGCAAGAAAAAGGCCAUUUUUCUGCAACUUACCACUGCUAUCGGAGCACUUUCUGGAACUGUAAUGUCACUCAUGGCAGAAGGCGGAGGUGACGCUGCUGUUGCAUGGAUUCUGCCAUUUACUGCAGGAGGAUUUAUUUAUAUCGCUACUGUCUCUGUUAUUCCUGAACUGCUUCAAGAAACAACAUUAAAGCAAUCAAUUAAAGAAAUUAUUGCACUCCUUGCAGGGGUAUACAUGAUGGUACUAAUCGCGCAAUAUGAAUAAGUAGGAAAAAUUAUUUUGCCUAUUGUCUAUGUACAUAUAUAAAGUUAAAUCCUAUGUAUGACGUACGUACACUGUUCGCUCAUGCAUUUUUAUUUUAUUCUGGAAAAUGACUGACGUACAGCAUGCCAUGAAAUUCAUGCUCUUCUGCUUUAACAAAAAGUGAUGAUGUUCAAUUCUAUUGAUAAUUAAAAUGUUUUGCUAAUAAAUUAAAUUGCAGUAGUUUUUGAACUACGAAAUAA